AUUUGACUGGCACAAAAUCCAGAUGUCAAUUUGAGUCAUGUUGAUAAAAGAGCGCGUUAUUCUUUAUAGAAAGCAAUAUUUUAAAAGUUAACUUACUUAUUAGCGAGAGUUUUUUUUAACACGUCGUGUUUGAAAUGUUCAGUUGUUGAGCUAUGGGAAGCAAAAUCAUUCCUCUGGAAUUAGAUGCUCUAAUCGGUUUCAACGGACAAGUGCCUUUUGGCCUAAAGCUCCAUCCAGACAGGAAGCACCUUAUCUAUCCUCUGGGAAGUUUUAUUGUCCUGAAAAGAAUUGAGGAUGGGAAGCUAGAGUUUCUGGAUGGACACUCAAACAACGUCUCCUGCAUUUCUGUGUCCAAAAGUGGAUCGUACAUCGCCUCUGGGCAGGUCAACUUUCUGGGCUUUGAGGCUCCAGUGAUUAUCUGGAAUUAUGCAGAGAGAACAAUCCACGUCGAGCUGCGGAUCCACAACACCAAGGUUGAAUCGGUCGCAUUCUCUCCCAGUGAAAAAUACCUGGUGACUCUUGGGGGCAUAGAUGACUGCCGGAUUUUUGUAUGGAAUGUUGAGACCAAGGAGCUCAUCUGUAGGAACAAAGCUACAGCUCAAGGUCACUGCCUCGUGGUGGAAUAUUCCAAAACUGACGAUACCCUGUUCGCUUCGGCUGGCAGCCUAACACUGCGAGUCUGGAAGUUUGUCAACGAAAGGAUCUUGCCCACCAACUGCUGGACAAACAUGCUGAAGAGAUAUGUGUCAUGUAUCGAGAUUUCAGAGGAUAAUCGAUAUAUGUACUGCGCCACUUCAAGUGGAGACAUAAUGAAAAUCGACGUAGAGGGGAAAGCUCUGAUCAUCUGUGGUCCCAGUAAAGCAAAAUUCAUCCGUGGGAUAAAUGUUCUUAAGUUGUUGGAAUCUGGAGACCUGCUCGUUGGCUCUGGAUCUGGUAUCUUAGCUCUGUGCUCCAAGACUAACUUCAAACCUGUCAGGAAAGUUCAACUGGAAAACGCAGUGACUUCCAUCGCCAUCAGUGAAGGGGGAGAGCAGUUCUAUGUCGGCACAGAGGAGGAUCAGAUGUACCGGCUCCGUUUUAAGAAUUUUACAGCUGAGCUCGUAUCCACAGGCCACAGGAACGCUGUCAAGGACAUUGCCCUUCCUCAUGCCACCUCUAAGCUAUUUGCAACUUGCUCUGAGGAAGAAAUCAGAGUGUGGAUGGUAGGCAAGCCCAAAGACCAGCUGCGCAUCACUGUUCCCAGCACGACCUGCAACGCCAUAAACUUCAUGCAUGAUGACUGCAGUAUCAUCAGUGCAUGGAGCGAUGGCAAUAUCCGUAGGUUUGGAAUGAAAGGGCAGCUGAUGGUAGUAAUUAACAAUGCUCACAGACAGGGGGUGACAGCCAUCGCUGGCACCAAGGACUGUAAAAGAAUUAUCAGUGGAGGAGGAGAAGGGAAGGUGCAUGUGUGGGAACUGCUGCCUCAUACCCACCAAAUACUGAAGAUCAUGGUGGGGCACAGAAGGCCCGUGUCUUGUCUCAGAAUGAAGAGCGAUGACAAAGAAUGCAUCACAGUCAGCUCUGACGGUUUCUGCAUCAUCUGGGACUUAGAACACUUUCAUGCCCGUCAAAAGAUCAAAACCGACACUCUUUUCCGGACUGUGUGCUACCAUCCAGACGGAUACCAGAUUGUUACUUGUGGAACUGACGGAAAGGUCAUUUACUGGGACGUGAUGGGUGGCACUAACAUCAGAGAACGGGAGGACGCAGAGACAGGGGUCUAUAACAGCAUACAUGCCACACAGGAAGGCAACCACUUUGUGACAGGUGGAGAAGACAAGCGGGUGAAGGUGUGGGACUAUAUGCAAGGAAAAAUAACCCACAUAAGUAUCCCUGCUGGAGCUGUUAUUACCUGCACCAGAAUCUGCACCUUGAACCGCAUCCUGGUCAGCACCAGCGCAGAUGGAGGCAUUUGGCUGUGGAAGUUCCCCCACCUUGCCUCUUCCUCUUAAACAAAGAAAUUCAAGCCAAAAAACUCACUGCCAAUUGUUGCACACUGGUUGAUAUAACCAGUUAUUAGGUUUAGGGAAUAAUAAUUUUUUUCCUAUAUGGGCAGGUUGGUUUGAAUUAUUUACCUAGAAGUAAAAUAAUCAGUUGAAAGAUG